CAGUUCCUUUUGAGUUUUGCUUCUGUCUACUGAAACUUAAAUCUCAGUUUGAUCAGAACCAUUUAACCCACCAAUCCUUUUAUCUAAUCAUCGUGUGGCAAUACAUAUAAGCUUACUAUAACCCUCUCUGAGUAUUUCAGCCGACGACGCUGUGGGAUAAUCUGACCUGACCCGUCUUAUCUGCGAGUAAAGCUUUGAACGGGAAGCCUCAUGGACAAUCCGGAAACGCGGAAGCUUCCUAUUCCGGGCAAGCGCAACAUCCUCAUUACCAGUGCCUUGCCUUACGUCAACAAUGUUCCUCAUCUGGGCAAUAUCAUUGGAUCCGUGUUGAGUGCGGAUGUCUUUGCUCGAUAUUGUCGAAUUCGGGGUUACAAUGCCAUUUACAUCUGUGGGACUGAUGAGUAUGGAACAGCAACAGAGACUAAAGCCAUGGAAGAGAAAUGCUCCCCUAAAGAGAUUUGUGACAAAUAUCAUGCUAUUCAUAAGGAGGUCUACGAUUGGUUCAAUAUAAGUUUUGAUGAAUUUGGAAGGACAUCAGCGCCCCAGCAAACUGAAGUUUGCCAAGCAAUCUUUAAGAGGCUGUGGGAUAAUAACUGGCUCUCAGAGAACACAAUGCAGCAGCUUUAUUGUGACACAUGCCAAAGAUUCUUAGCUGACCGGCUUGUGGAAGGUACUUGCCCAACUCCAGGAUGUGAGUAUGAUUCUGCACGAGGUGAUCAGUGUGAGAAGUGUGGGAAGCUUUUGAAUCCAACUGAGUUGAAAAGCCCCAGGUGCAAGGUUUGUCAAACUGCUCCGCACAUUCGUGAUACAAACCACUUGUUUCUUGAACUUCCUCUGUUGAAGGAUAAAUUGGAAAAAUACAUAAAUGAGAUGUCAGUGGUGGGGUUGUGGAGCCAGAAUGCUGUCCAGACAACACAUUCAUGGCUUAGAGAAGGAUUGAAGCCACGAUGUAUAACCAGAGACCUGAAGUGGGGAGUUCCAGUUCCCCAUGAGAAAUACAGUGACAAGGUUUUCUAUGUAUGGUUUGAUGCACCAAUUGGAUAUGUCUCAAUCACUUCAUGUUACACGUCUGAUUGGGAGAAAUGGUGGAAGAACCCAGAGAAUGUGGAGCUGUAUCAGUUUAUGGGUAAAGACAAUGUGCCAUUUCACACUGUGAUGUUCCCCUCUACUCUGCUUGGAACUGGUGAAAAUUGGACUCUAAUGAAGACUAUUAGUGUUACUGAAUACUUGAAUUACGAAGCAGGGAAGUUUUCUAAAAGCAAAGGCAUAGGUGUGUUUGGUAAUGAUGCUAAAGAUACUAACAUUCCAGCUGAAGUUUGGAGGUAUUACUUGCUAACCAAUAGGCCUGAGGUAUCAGAUACGUUAUUUACGUGGUCUGAUUUGCAAGCAAAACUAAACAGUGAGUUGCUGAGCAAUCUGGGCAACUUCAUCAACCGAGUUUUGAGUUUCGUUGCUAAGCCUCCAGGUCAAGGAUAUGGUUCCGUUAUCCCCAGCAUUCCUGCUGAUUUAAGGGCUGACUCCCAUGAACCAACAAAAAAAUUGGCCGAUAAAGUUGCUGCUUAUGUGGAGCAAUAUAUAGAAGCAAUGGAGAAGGUUAAACUAAAGCAAGGGUUGAAACUUGCGAUGAGCAUAUCCGGUGAGGGUAAUGGGUACUUGCAGGAAACUGAAUUCUGGCGUCUUUACAAGGAAAACCAAUCUCUUUGCUCCCUAGUUAUGAAGACUGCAGUUGGGGUUGUAUAUCUUCUUGCAUGUUUAUUGGAACCUUUUAUGCCAUCUUUCACUCUUGAGGUAUUUAAGCAGCUAAAUUUGCCUCCUGUGGUCCAUGAUUCCCUUUGUGAUGAAAAAGGGGACGUUGAUAGGGUGAAAAGACCUUGGGAGAUCAUAAGCCAUGGUCAUAAAAUCGGGACACCUCAGCCUUUAUUCAAGGAGCUGAAAGAUGAAGAAGUGGAAUUCUUCAGGACGAAGUUUGCUGGAAGUCAGGCUGAUAGGAUUGAGCGUGCAGAGGCUGAGGCUGGAAAGCUUGCUGAUCAACUAAAGAAAACUAAAGUUUCAGAGGGAAGUGGAAAGAAAAACCAAUCAACUAAAUCUUCAAAGGAAGGCAAAAACAAGGCUUCUGCUGAACCAGAAAUUACCAUAACAAGGCUUGACAUUCGUGUUGGCCUCAUACAAAAUGCUAGAAAACAUCCUGAUGCAGACUCCCUAUAUGUUGAAGAGAUUGAUGUGGGUGAAGAGCAAACCAGAACUGUUGUCAGUGGGCUUGUCAAGUAUAUACCACUUGAUGAAAUGCAGAAUCGGAAGGUGUGUGUCCUCUGCAACUUAAAGCCAGCAACCAUGCGGGGCAUUAAAUCACAAGCAAUGGUUCUUGCUGCUUCCAAUGAUACCAAUGUUGAACUGGUUGAGCCACCUAGCUCUGCUAAUGUAGGAGAGAGAGUGACGUUCCCCGGACACGAGGGUGUUCCUGAUGAACUCUUGAACCCGAAGAAGAAGGUAUGGGAAACAUUGCAGGUGGAUCUGCACACCAAUGAGGAGUUAAUUGCAUGCUAUAAAGAUGUUCCACUCACCACAUCGGCAGGCGUUUGCAAGGUUUCAUCCAUUGGAAAUGGAAUAAUAAGGUAGACAAACAAUCAAGAAUUGGAGUGUCAGAACAAAGCAUCAGAAAAUGCCAAGAAAACCCAUAUGGAGUCUGGCUUACAAAUUUUUUUGACUUUUCUAUGUUUGGUUUUUAGGAUAAUUAAUUUAAUUGCAACUUCUACAUUUGUAGAUUCAGAAAAGAAUAACACGAUAUAGAUGUGUGGGGGAUUCUCAUUUUAUAUUUAUAACUUUUUGUCCUUAAAUUUUGUUUUAAAUGCACUAGAUCCACUUACUUAUAUGGAUGUAGAGAAUUUGGAUUGAUUAUUGAGUGAUACAACUCAGCUAGUGGUCUUUUGGUUUAGCGAGUUUUUAA